UGUUAAUAAACUUAUCGAAAGGAGUUCUGCUAAAAUUCGGUUUUGAUUCUGAGAAUGAAUCAAUCUGUUCAAGAUUUUAUCUUCGUUUUAAUAAUUCUAUUGGAGAGCCCUCCCACAUACGAAAUAGGCUGUUCCAUUAAUACCUCAGAACUGAAGAAGAACCAACCGCUCAUUCUCAAUGAACAAUUCGAAUUUUUUUAUCCAGAUGAUGGGAUCAAGUUUUCUAUACCAAAAAAUGGAAAACUGUUCGUCACUUGUAUCCACGAAUAUAACUUCAAGUUGAAAUCGAUCAAAAAUCCUGUGGUCAACAUAACAUGCCUAGAAGGAGAUACGUUUCUUUUGGGAAACGAUAAAAUAACAAUACAGGAUCUUAUGUGUACAAAUUUUCCAAAACCUUCGGUUAGGCGUAUGAAAAAAAAGUGUGGAAAGUCUUUUCAGCAGAUAGAAAUUGGUUUCUCCGUACAGAAGCAGUUUGUGAGAGUUUUUAUCGUAUGCUUCGAUCCAGUGUUGCAGAAUACAUUUUACUCUCAUUUUCGUUUGACUAAAUGGAUUUCCCACUCGCAGAAUGCUGGAAGAAUAUCUUGGAGCAACGAGUAUUACAAUGCUAGUAGCAAGCAAAUUGAUGAUGCUUACGUCCAAAAGAUCCAGAAAGAACGUAUCAAUUCUCUAUUGCAGUUUCCAACGAACUCUAAUGAAUUAGUGAAAAAUGAUAAUCGGCAUUAUUUAGCGAGAGGUCAUUUAUCAGCAAAGGCUGAUUUCUAUUUUGCCCAUCAGCAAAGUUCAACAUUCUUCACAAUAAAUGCUGCACCUCAAUGGCAGUCAUUCAAUGGUGGCAAUUGGAAAACUUUAGAAGUUGCUGUCAGAAAAUUAGUAACUUCCCAGAAAUAUGAUCUAGAAAUAUACACAGGAACAUACAAAAUUCUUGAAAUAUCCGACAGACAAAUUUUUCUUCUCGAAAGAAAUGGGACUUUGGGAUUACCGGUUCCUCUGUUUUUCUGGAAAAUCGUUUAUGAACCCAUUUCCCAAACUGGUGUCGCUUUUAUCGGAGUAAACAACCCUUAUAUAACUCGAAAUCAGUUAGGCGAUCUACUGAUUUGUCACAGUGUUACCGAUGAUAUUUCAUGGGUGCGGUUUAAGAAAAACAAUUUAGAUUCGGGGUACGUUUAUGCCUGCAGACUGAGAGAAUUUUUGAAAGUUGUGAAGAAUGCACCUAAGUUGAAAGUACGGAAUAUUCUAAACUGAAAAAUCUUUGAUGGUGAAAGUAAAAAUGAGAUGAUGGUUCGAUGCGGAAUUGAAACUGAAAGACUGAAGAAGAAAAUGAACAAUUCAGAUUGGGAAUACAGUUUACAUUGAUACUCAUCAUAAGACAUAAGUGAUGUCUUUCUUUCAUAACCAUUCUAUGUAGUUUCUUUUACCGAAAUAUUUUAGUUCAAGAGAUUUUUGAGUAUUUUUUCUUUUAGAUUUUAAUUAUGUUAUUUAUUUUCCUGCGUUAAUUUUUGGAUAUGUGAAAUAUCUAUUUCUUAUCCAAAAAAUUUUUCACAACCUGGAUUUUUACCAGCACGUACUGAAUACCCAUUACUGGGUGAAAAAAUAGACAUUAGAUGACACUCAGCAAAUAAGAUAAACAUUUUUAUUUCUUCUUCGAUUGGCAAUUAGAAAGACAACCCUUAUUACAUAUUUUUCGAUUUC